UCAGUGCGCGCGGGCGCGGGGUUGCCCUCCCUUUCCGGCCUCGCAGGCUGCCUGGCUGGAGCACGGAGCGAGCCGCCGCCGCCGCCGCCCUGUGAGGAGAGGCCGCCGCCAUCAUGCCGGUGUACUUCCAGCGGCCCGAGAAUGCCCUUAAGCGGGCGAACGAAUUCCUUGAGGUUGGCAAAAAGCAACCUGCCCUUGAUGUUCUCUAUGAUGUUAUGAAAAGCAAAAAACACCGAACAUGGCAGAAAAUCCACGAGCCGAUUAUGCUGAAAUACCUGGAGCUCUGUGUGGAUCUCCGCAAGAGCCACCUGGCAAAAGAAGGUCUCUACCAGUACAAGAAUAUUUGCCAGCAGGUGAACAUCAAAUCUUUGGAGGAUGUUGUUCGAGCCUAUUUAAAAUUAGCUGAAGAAAAAACAGAAGCAGCUAAGGAAGAAUCCCAGCAGAUGGUACUGGACAUAGAAGACUUAGAUAACAUUCAGACUCCAGAAAGCGUUCUUUUGAGUGCUGUGAGUGGAGAAGACACUCAGGAUCGCACUGACCGCCUGCUUUUGACACCCUGGGUUAAAUUUCUAUGGGAAUCGUACAGACAAUGUUUGGAUCUUCUCAGAAAUAAUUCUCGAGUGGAACGCCUUUACCAUGAUAUUGCGCAGCAAGCUUUCAAGUUCUGCCUGCAGUACACACGCAAAGCUGAGUUCCGUAAACUCUGCGAUAACCUGCGGAUGCACCUGGGGCAGAUCCAGCGUCAUCACAACCAAAGCACAGCAAUCAACCUCAACAACCCUGACAGCCAGUCCAUGCACCUGGAGACCAGGCUGGUGCAGCUUGACAGUGCUAUCAGCAUGGAGCUGUGGCAGGAAGCUUUCAAAGCAGUGGAGGAUAUUCAUGGGCUGUUUGCGCUGUCUAAGAAACCACCCAAACCACAACUGAUGGCAAAUUACUAUCACAAAGUUUCAACUGUCUUCUGGAAAUCAGGAAAUGCUCUUUUCCAUGCGUCCACACUUCACCGACUUUACCACUUAUCAAGGGAAAUGCGAAAGAAUCUCACACAAGAGGAGAUGCAGAGGAUGUCUACUCGAGUCCUUUUGGCCACUUUGUCCAUUCCUAUCACUCCUGAGAGAACGGACAUUGCCCGUCUUUUGGAUAUGGACGGGAUCAUCAUGGAGAAACAGCGACGUCUGGCAACCCUCUUGGGUCUUCAGGCCCCCCCUACACGUGGUAGUCUCAUAAAUGAUAUGGUAAGGUUCAACGUGGUUCAAUAUGUUGUUCCAGAAGUGAAAGAACUUUACAACUGGCUUGAAGUAGACUUCCACCCGCUCAAGUUAUGCAGCCGUGUCAGCAAGGUUCUGAACUGGGUGAAGGACCAAGCUGAGAAGGAACCUGAACUGCAGCUCUAUGUGCCUCACCUGCAAAACAAUACCAUCCUCCGCCUUCUGCAGCAGGUGGCCCAGAUUUAUCAAAGCAUUGAAUUUUCUCGCCUGGCCACCCUGGUUCCUUUUGUUGAUGCUUUCCAGCUGGAACGCAAUAUUGUUGAUGCAGCCAGACAUUGUGACUUACAAGUUCGCCUUGAUCAUACCACCCGGACACUGAGUUUUGGCUCAGACCUGAAUUACAGCACUAGAGAAGAUGCUCCACUAGGCCCUCAACUACAAAGCAUGCCUUCUGAGCAGAUCAGGAAUCAGUUGACUGCUAUGUCCUCAGCUCUGGCUAAAGCUCUUGCAGUCAUUAAGCCUCCUCACUUACUGCAAGAGAAGGAGGAGCAGCAUCAGCUGGCAGUCACUGCCUUCUUAAAGAACUCAAGGAAAGAGCAUCAGCGUAUUCUUGCACGUCGCCAGACUAUAGAGGAAAGAAAAGAGCGCCUGGAAAGCUUAAAUAUACAGCGUGAAAAGGAAGAACUGGAACAACGUGAGGCAGAGUUGCAGAAAGUGCGGAAGGCUGAAGAAGAGAGACUGCGCCAGGAGGCGAAGGAGAGGGAGAAGGAGCGUAUCCUGCAGGAGCAUGAGCAGAUCAAAAAGAAGACUGUUCGGGAGCGCUUGGAGCAGAUUAAAAAGACCGAACUGGGAGCCAAAGCAUUUAAAGAUAUUGACAUUGAGGAUCUUGAAGAACUGGAUCCUGACUUCAUUAUGGCUAAACAAGUUGAACAGCUGGAGAAAGAAAAGAAGGAACUUCAGGAACGGCUGAAGAAUCAGGAGAAAAAGAUUGACUACUUUGAAAGAGCCAAGCGCUUAGAAGAAAUUCCUUUAAUAAAGACUGCAUAUGAGGAGCAGAGAGUGCAUGAUAUGGAGCUGUGGGAGCAACAAGAAGAAGAAAGGAUCACCACUUUGCAGUUGGAGCGUGAGAAAGCUCUUGAGCACAAGAACAGACUCUCAAGGAUGCUGGAGGAUAGAGAUUUAUUUGAAGCCAGGCUCAAAGCAUCACGACGAACAGUUUAUGAGGAUAAGCUCAAGCAGUUCCAGGAACGAUUAGCGGAAGAGAGGCGUAACCGCCUGGAGGAGCGCAAGAGGCAGCGCAAAGAGGAGAGGCGCAUUACUUACUACAGAGAGAAGGAGGAGGAAGAGCAACGAUUACGAGAAGAACAGCUGCUCAAAGAGCGUGAGGAAAAGGAGCGCAUCGAGCGUGAGAAGCGUGAGCAAGAGCAGCGGGAAUACCAGGAACGCGUCAAGAAACUGGAAGAACUGGAGAAGAAAAAACGUCAGAGAGAAAUGGAAAUAGAAGAGAGGGAGCGUCGUCGAGAAGAAGAGAGGAGAGGGCUGGAUGACCCGUUCUCAAGAAAGGAGUCUCGCUGGGGUGAUCGGGAGUCUGAGAGCUCCUGGAGAAGAGGUGGUGAGGCAGAAUCGGAAUGGCGACGAGCACCAGUGGAAAGAGAUUGGCGUCGAGGGGAAGCGAGAGAUGAUGAAAGAUCUUUCCGACGUGGUGAUGAUCUACCUCGACGUGGUGACGAUCUACCCCGACGUGGUGCUGCAGAAGAAAAGGAACGUCCUUCUGUGGAUUCAGCAGAGGACAGGCCACCUAGACGUGAAGGGGAGGAGGAGAGACCCCCCAGGCGUGAAGGGGAGGAGGACAGGCCGCCCAGACGUGGAUUGGAUGAGGACAGGCCGCCCAGGCGAGGUUUGGAUGAUGAUAGAGGCAGUUGGCGGGCUGCAGAUGACGACAGAGGUCCCAGGCGUGGAAUGGAUGACGACAGGCCACCUAGACGUGCUUUGGAUGAUGACAGGCCACCUAGACGUGCUUUGGAUGAUGACAGACCACCCAGGCGUGGCUUGGACGAUGACAGAGGCAGUUGGCGUGCAGCAGAUGACGACAGAGGACCUAGGCGUGGAAUGGAUGAUGACAGGCCACCCAGACGUGCUUUAGAUGAUGACAGGCCGCCCAGACGCGCUUUAGAUGAUGACAGGCCACCCAGACGAGGGCUAGAUGAUGACCGGGGCAGCUGGCGUGCUGCAGAUGAUGACAGGGGUCCCAGGCGUGGGAUGGAUGAUGACAGAGGCCCCAGGCGCGGGAUGGAUGACGACAGGAUGUCAAGGCGCGAUGACGACAGGGGGCCUUGGCGAAGCACAGAUGACGACAGGCUGUCCAGACGAGAUGAUGAUCGGGGCCCAUGGCGUGGUGGUGAUGAUUCAAGGCCAGGUCCUUGGAGACCAUUUGGGAAACCAGGGGGAUGGAGAGAACGGGAAAAGGCUCGUGAGGACAGCUGGGGGCCUCCCCGGGACUCCAGACCUCCAGGAGACCGUGAAUGGGAUCGAGACAAAGAUCGGGAUGAAAACGAGAAGGACCGGGAGUUCGACAGAGAGAGGGAUUUCGAUCGAGAGGAUCGUUUCAGGCGUCCCAGGGAUGAUGCUGGCUGGAGAAGAGGACCAGCUGAGGAAACUUCUAGCUGGAGAGAUUCAAGUCGUCGUGAAGACUGGGACAGAGGUGGUCGUGACAUGAGAGAUCGACGUACUGAUGACAGAGAUACACCCCUCAGGAGAGGACCACCCCCCAGAUCUGACCGUGAAGAACCAAGCUCGUGGCGACGCGCUGACGACAGGAGAGAAGAACGUGGAGAAGAACGUGAGACAGUUCGGCGCUCGGCCCCUGCUUCUGCUGCUUCCUCAGCUUCUGCUCCCCCAGCAGCAGCAAAGGAUCGAGAAAGAGAUGGGGAGAAGGAGAAAGGUUCCUGGAAAACAGAGAAGGAACGUGAGCCCGUUCGCCGUACGAAAAACGAGACAGAUGAAGAAGGGUGGACCACUGUACGGCGUUAAGUGGAGAUCAGCAGAGUUUAACCAAUGUUUUAGCUUUGAUUUGAUGGAAUCCACAGAUUAUAUUUGUGCUUAUAAACAUUCUGAAUUGGAAUUCUUUAACAAAUGUUUUGAGGUAACAUGAAAGCAUGAGCUUGAAUUACUUACUCAUAUAGAUUGAUCAUGCACAAAACUCACAGCAGAAGGUUGGGAAUUGAAUGCCAGGAUUUGAAAUUCCAAACGAUGCUUCUUUCAUGGGUCACUGGUUGCUAAAAUAAAAAGAAGCAAGCCCAAUUGUCCUGAGUAGUGCUUCCAUCUCACACCAAAACAGGAUGACCUUUUCAGUUUUAGAGUGCUUCUUAAUUUGGAACGGGGUAUUAGCUCCACAGAACAUGCAUUAAAAUCACCUCUGUCCACACAGUGGAAAAAGCAGAGCUAAAUGAAGCUCCAUAAUUAGCCAAAAGAUAAGAAAAACAAUAUAAAAGCCCUCUUUUACCUGGGUAUCUUUGAGGGCAGGCGGUUUGAAACAUGAUUUAUUGCUAUCUAAAUGCAGUAAGUUGUUCAAAUUUGACUAAAAUAGGAUAAACAUGAGCAUCAGCUGCACUGGGCUGUCUUCUGUAGAUUCACUUGAAGCCAUGCGCCUGCAAGGCCACUCUGCAGUCAUGGUUCCAGUACUAUGUUCUGCUGCAACAGGACAACCACCCAACUUCCAGCUUUUACAAACUCAGUGUUUCGGUAAGCAUAUGGCUGUGUAUUUUCUGUUGCCAACAUCACAACUGCUUUUCCCAUUCCUGGAUAAUUCAUUGCCUUUCAAGGAUUUAUAAAUAUUGUCCUAUUUAAAAUGUGUGUUUUUUGGAGAAAUUGUUGAAUUUUCCCCCAAUUCUUUGUCUUCAGGGUCAACUCUUUCCCUUUCCAAAAAAAAAAGUGAUCUGUAGUAAUGGCUGUGUUGAUUUCAACUUUGGGUGCAGUAACAACGAGCAAUUAUCUGGUUAUACUGAGGCCAACACAGAACUUGCUGCUGUGUGUUUCUUCAACGAUAAAUAAACAACUUAAGGAAUUA